GUCAGGGGGCGCGGCCGGGCCGGAAGUGAACGGGAGCCGCCAUGGCCUCUGCGGGGGAAGUGUCUGCACUGGUCCUAGUGGCUAUUCUGUGGGGAGGGACAAACCCAUUUUUGAAGACGGGGACAGAGGGACUGGAGAAGGUGAAGCAAAGGAACCGGGUGCUGCAGCUGCUUGCAGAGAUGAAAUUCCUGUGCCUCAAUUAUAAGUACAUGGUGCCAUUUCUGUUUAACCAGUGUGGAUCAAUAAUCUACUACCUCACAUUGGCAUCCACAGACCUGUCCCUGGCGGUGCCUCUCUGUAACUCUCUGGCUUUGAUAGUCACAGUAGUAACUGGGAAGACUCUUGGGGAAGACAUUGGUGGUAAAAGAGCAGUGGUAGGAAUGCUGCUUACUAUCUUGGGAGUUGGUCUAUGUAUAGCUGGUUCUGUGAACAAGUGAGAGACCGUGACAGUGGAAGAAGAAAGAAUGCGCAGAAGGGAAGCUGUUCCAAUCAUUCUUGUUGCCCUUCUCUGCGCCUUUUCCAAUUCUAAUAUAUCCUUUUUCAGAUGAGGUGAUAAGAACUACAUGCACCAUUCAAAGGUGUGGGCAUACCAAUGGUUUAUGUAGUGGCAUUAUGAUAUUUUCUGUUCUAUCAUCCCUUUCCUAAUGGUUCCUAACAUUACUAUUACUUCACAAUACCUUAGAUUAUUAAAACAGAAACAAUCAUUAAUAAAAUCUUAGAGCCCAAUACUGCAAAUGCCAUAUAAGGCACGAUGCUAACUACCCUGAUAGUCCCACUUAAGUCAAAUAGACUACCAGAUAUAAUGCUUCUGGCCAUGAGUAGUGAAUAUUUGCAGGAUCAGGCCCUAACUUAUUGUUACUGCUUAGGCAAUUUGUUGGUUUAUUUUUGUAUUUCUUCUGGCUAAGACAGAGAAAACAGCCCAUCAAUUUCACUGUGUUUCUAGUCAGCGUCACUUUCUAUAUGUCUAGAUGUUCUCUAUGUAUAUAAAUCUCCCCACUGUAUUUUCCACUGAAAGCAUCCGAUGAAGUGAGCUGUAGCUCACAAAAGCUUAUGCUCAAAUAAAUUUGUGAGUCUCUAAGGUGCCACAAGUACUCCUUUUCUUUUUGAGAAUACAGACUAACAGGGCUACUACUCUGAAACCUGUCUAGAUGAAAGUGAUUGAUCUGAAAUAAACAGGUUUCAAACACUACAGGGAGUUGUUUGUGUGUGUUUUAAAACUGUUUCCACUGGAUUUUGUUUUCUCCUAAUUUUCAGUUUUGUAAAACUUAUUUUUACAAAGCCUAAAUUCUCUCACUUAGUCUUUUUAAAAAGUUUCUUAGAAUAGAAUGAAGAACACAGUUCCAAGUGUGCUUUUCAAGUCACUUCCUUAGAGGGUAAGAUUCAAGGUCUUGGGAAACCUCUGUUCAUUGAGGAGAUACAUUUCUCGCCUAUUGGGAUAUUGCCCCAGACCAGUGGUUAGGUUCUUUUAGAACGAACACAUCCCCGCCCCCGCAGCAAAGCACCAAUAAUGAAAGUUUCCGAGAAAGGCAUCCACCCUUUAAGGAACAUGUGGCUUACUUAUACCAUAUUAUGGCUUGUCUACCAUGUCUCAUACCAUGGAGCUACUCAGGAAUAGCUACUGUGCCUUAAAUUCACACCCUACCUUAAUCCAAAUUAACUUUCAAAUGCAAACAAACUCUGAAUACAGAUAAAAAUGCACCAAAUUUGAAGUCAAUGGGAAUUUUGCCACUGACAUCAGUAGUGCAGGAUCAAGGCCCCUAAUGUUAUUUGUAUAUUGUGCCUGUAUCUAUGAAACACACAGGAAAAAACUAAAGACAGGCGCACCAAGGAGCUGUGAUUGCUCUGGUUUCAGUGAGGGGAAAACUCAGGCCUGGAGUAAGAGAACAACCCACCACCGCCUUCAGUGGUGCUGCACCAGCUUAUGGCAGGGAGGUGUUUGACCCAGAGACUCCACACUAAGCGUUAAGUGCAAGAGACAGCAGGAGCUGGGGCAUC